CAGAUGAGAUAGCAAGCGUCGACGGACUGUCAGAGUAGACACAAAACUUAGUGCUGGGCCCGAGCCCAUUUCCGAAUAAAAUUAUUAACUAGUGCGAGCUCUCACCUUCCGCCCGUCAUCCGGAACGAGUCAGCACCUCAAAAGAUAACAAUUUUGAUUGAACGCGCAAUAUGGCGGAGGUGGUAGAGGAGCUGCCCGCAGCAGCCGCCGCCUCAUAUGCGGACGAUGUCGGUGCUUCUGUUAUUGUUGAGCCUGUAAUAGGAUUGCCCCUCACUGUCAAUGGCACGGGCAGAACCCUUCCACCGGCAGCUAUGAAAUUCGCCGAUCUCACAGAGAGUGGCAGCGAAAGUGGCGACGGCGACGGCGACGGUGAAGGCGAAGGCGAUAGCAGUGCCAACGCCAACAGCAACGGCAACGGGGAGCCGGGCACCAGUGCAUCGGGCAGUGGCCGGACCUCGCCACCGCCCAACUGUGCCAUCUGCCUGUCGCGCUGCAGGCGAAAAUGCUUCACCGACUCGUGCAUGCAUCAGUUUUGCUUCAAGUGCCUCUGCGAAUGGAGCAAGGUGAAAGCCGAGUGUCCGCUGUGCAAGCAGCCCUUCAAGACGAUCAUCCACAAUGUCCGCACACUGGAUGACUUCGACAGCUAUCCGGUUCAGAGCUCAUCACCGCCCAUACAAGAUCACCAUCCAGCGCUGCGCUUUCAAGUUGUACGACGUCCCAGGUUCAUGCCGCUGGUGCAGAACCAGUCGUCGAUGACGAACGACCUGGACGGCGCGGCGGCUGGUGAUGGUUCACAGGAUGGCCUGCCCACUGCUGAAUCGUCGGGUGGCCGCCACUCGUACAAUCGCUUCGAACCGUACCGCAUGGAGUUGAUGAAUUUCUAUCGUCACGACCAGGAUCCCGCCAUCUCGGGCAGUUCCCUGAGCCAGCUCUGGCGGCGCUACGUCUAUGAUCGCAAGCUAUAUGCUCUGCCAAUCAGUGAUAGCCUCACCGGCCACUUCCGCGAGUGGAGUGCUCGUUUCUACGGAAACAAUCAGAUGCGCCGCCUGAUGCCGUGGAUACACCGCGACAUUGUGUGCCUGCUGAGAAAUGACGCGCACAGUGUCAGCACCGUGAUGCAGUUGAUGCACGACAUGCUGCCCUUGACGAACAUACUGGGACCCACAUUCCGGCGCCGAUUGUCACCGUUCUUGGGCGAGCGGACCAGUCACUUCAUCCACGAGCUGGCUAACUUCGCCCGCUCCCCAUUCGACAUGAUUGGGUACGAUCAUGUGGUCCAGUACUCGGCCCGUGUUGCGGAGGAGGUGGAAGUGGAUCUGCUAGACAUGGUCGAAACGCAGUCGUCCAACGAGAGUGACUUACAUUUGGAGGUGGGCGAUGGGGAGACUGCGAACGCCGAGUCCUCCAACGACUGGAACGCACCCAACGAUCGUCCGUCCACCAGUGUGAUUGUGACCAAUCCCGGUGCCACACAUUCCUUCAGCGUGACAAUGAACAGCGAUGGCAGCGAGCUACCAGGUGUACGGCGUACCACCACCUCAAACGUCGGCUCCCAGACGGUGGCCAUCAACUUGAGCAUGCGGCGUCCGGCCAGCGAGUCGGAAGUGAUCGAGAUCGAUGACGGCGAUGCCGCUGCCAAUGCCGAGGUGGCCGCCAUCAACGAUGGCAGCAACACAAACAGGCGCCAAGCCGGCGCCAGCAUCCCGAUUAGUGCCCACAUUGAGCUGGAAAGCAGCAGCAACUCCAGCGAUGAUGAUGAGUGUGUCUUUGUGCUGGAACUGAAGCCGCCGCAUUUGCGGACCCCCGAGCAGGUGACCCUCGACUCCAACAGCGACUCGGACGUUGUAUUUGUGAAUGAAGAGAAUGAGAGUGCGUCGGCCACCCAGCGUCCGUCAGCCACAGCAACAGCCGUAAAUGAUGCGGAAGAGAACGAGGCUCAAACGGCCAAUCAUGGCCUAUACAUGGGUCCCAGUACAAGCGCUGCCGCCAGCAAAGGCAAAAACUGGAAGCAGUGCUACGACUACGCACGUCGUCAGGAUCUUUUACGCAUCGCUGGCUCCACACGACCCAAACGCACCAGCAAUCCUCCUCGUCUCAUUCCCCCAGUUAGCCAAAGCAACAGUUCGAGCAGUAGCAGCAGCAGCUUCUGCAGUAGCACUGCCACACCAAUGGGUGCCCACCAGUGGAGCACGAGCAGCGACGACAGCAGUGAAAGCAGUGGCAACAGCGAAAUCGUUUUGGCGGAGGCCAAAAGAAGACGCCGCAAAGCCUUGACACGCAAGCGUCCGGCUCCACAGAAGCUCAAGAGAACAACGCGAAAGCGCAGCAGGCGACAAGUGGAGCAGGCGCCGGAACAAAGUCCCCCAAAGGAGGAGGAGGAAGAGAAGAAGCAGCCGGUGGCUGAGCCCGAGGCUGAAAGCAGUUCCGAUGGUAGUUCAAGCGAUGAUGAGCCGGGAGGCGACAGUAGCGAAGCGAGUGAACCCAAAAAAAAGAGUAGCAGUGAUGACUCGGACGAUGGCAGCCCGGAACUAAAUCUUCAGCUAAGCGCCUUGCGGGCCGCUUUGCGUUCGGAGGCAGUGUUGCCUAACACUGCCAAUAGCCUAGAGGACAAUGUGCAUCUGGGACUGUACUCGGACGUGGACGCAGAACCUUUGGUGGAAGCAGAUGCGGAUACUGCCACAGCCACCGAAGACCAGGAGGAAGAUGAAGACGAUGAUGAUGAUGAAAAUGAAAAUGAAGAUGAGAAUGAAGACGACGAUGAUGACGAUGAUGAUACCAACCUACCUAUGUAUAAGCAAAAUUUAUUGAAAUGUUAUGAGAACGACGAUGAUGAUCAUGAGGGUAAUGAUAAUGAUAACGACAAUGAGGAGGACGACGACGAUGACGACGACGAUGAUGAUGAUGAUGAUGAUUAGCAAGAUUAGCGAGAGGAGCAGAGCAACGAUGCAAUGUUCGAUGCUGCCUUGACGUUGGCGUCUCUAGCAUAAGCUUCAACAGCUUAUUACUCUAAAAACUAUUCUACUCUCCUAUUUUGAAUCGUUAAAUAUAUUGACCUUGUCCGCUAUAUAUUUUAAUAUAUUAUUUAAAUUGUAAUGUAAGCAAAUAGUUUUAUCCUAGGCCUAAGGUUGCCAUGUUAAGUUGUAA